CACAUGGAUGCGCAAAAAACACGACACAAAAACCCGAGAAGGCAGGCAGGCAGGCGGCACACACUGCUCGCUGUCCUUUGCCAGGACGCGACGCGCAACCGCCACCCAGCCAUCCAUCCACCCAUCCAUCCAUCCAUCCAUCUUGACAAAUGACACACUCGACACACACACACUCGACACUUGUCAUGUCACUCACACACAGACAUCUCAUAGCACUGCACACACAUCACGUAUCUAAUUACGCAACCAUGGCUAGGCUACCUGGCAUCGAUCACACCACACUUGCUGCUAGUGCUGCUGCUGCUGUGUGGAGCCUUUUGCCCCACAGGCACACGGGCAGCAGACGCCCUCGGUCUCUUGCUGGAAGAACUCUCGCAGCGGGGCGGGGGUGAACACGCCACCCUGACCCUUGCCCGUCAUCUCCUCAUCUACACAACACACACACACACAAUCUGCUUGUGUGUGGGGGGGGGGGAGGUGGUCUGACCCGCGACAAAGCACUGCAGGAUGGUGUCGACAGAGAUGGCAAACACGUCGAGCACCUCACCGCCCACCACGAAGCCCGCGAAGCAUCCCAAAACAGUCGGGCCGAUAGGCGACGACAGCCGCGCGUCAUAGAUGCCGACAGACGAGAAGAAGCCCACAACCUGAAAGCACCCACACACACACACACACACAUCCAGAGUGUGUCCACCUUCUUCUCUGAUUUGCCCACCCCGGCAGUGAGUGUCAUCAACACGAGGCCCAGGAACCGCAUCGCAGGCACCAUACCGCCCAGCGCCGCAAUCCGCCCAGCAUUCCGCAGCACCAGCGUGAAGGCACUCCAGGAAGACUGACAGAAGUUCUUGCCGACCAAGGCCACCUGAAUGUACGCUUUCUCGGACAGAAACUUCACAAACUUUUCGAAGCAGGUCACGGCAUAGCCGAGGCACGACAACACGCCGAUAUAGGCCCUGUUCAUGGCAGUCACGUUCGAGCAGAGGCCACCGAUGCCGCAGCAGCAGAGGUGCUUGCACGCCUCUGUGGGGUGGUCUCUGGCCCACUCCGUCUGUGCGGCCAGCCACGCCAGAAUCCACUGAAAACACCACACACAGAGAGAUGAGAAACGCAUCCAUGGGUGCCGACUGGAUCAUUGUCACCUUGACGAGCUGCACAACGGCGAGGACGAGGCUGCCGAAUGCGAUGCUGCCCAUGUGGUAGACGAUGCUCCAGCACAGCCACCGACACACGGCGCCCUGAGGAUGCCGCUUGCCGUUCUGGUUGGGGGUCGUGAAGUACCAGGUUGCGCACACCCCCGCCAGCACCACCUGACGUGGGUGACACAACAAACACAGAGGAGAAGGAGAAUAUGAACCAUUCGUUGGAAGGAAAUGGCUGAGGUGGUGAGGGAGGGUGAAGGGAAGGCAUAUUGCCUGGUUAUAGCCCAUGAGAAAGGCGUUGUUCCACAAGAGAGAGAAGAAGUGGUAGAUGAGGGAGUACUGAGUCUCGCUGCUCCAGGAGAAACGCUUCCCCUACUCACAGACACACACAGACAAACAUACACACACAAUGGACCACCACUGCCCACUUCUCUCUCUCCUUGUUCGUCUGUCUCACCUGUUCUGAUUCGGCUUCAGUGAGUGUGCUCAUGGUCCAUGCCGCAACAGCGAUCCAAAAAACGUAGUACACACAGGUAAUGAUGCCGACCACCAAAGGCACAAAGAGCACCGUUGGGGUGUGGGCCACAAAGAGCGCGGCGGACUUGAUGACGGCGAUGCCCAGCUGGAUCCGCUCACACAGGCACAAGACGAUCAGGAUGAACAGGGCUCCCAGCGCUGAACGAACGAGGGGGGCGCACAGCACAUACACACCGACGACAGGUUGUUGAAGGGAUGAUGCGUUCCUCUGUGGCCUUUUCGCUUUCUCUUACCCCAUAGCACAUAGCUGCAGAUGGUGAGGCUCCUCUCGUAGUACCCCUCCUCGAUUAUCCUGCCCGUCCACAUGCACACACACACAAUCCAAACACGUCACCGGCUCUCCGCUCUUUCUCUCUCUCUCUCUGUGUGUGUCGGCGUACGGGGCGUAUACGAAGGCCGCAGCUCCCGCCACGACGAACAGGCCCACUCCUAUCACAAUACUCAUCCACACCAGCAGCCCCGCGCAGUACCGAAGCAUCACCAGGAACACCAUCCUACACACACACACACACACACACACACAGAGAACAGCACACAAAACACACCAUCCUCCACCUGUCUGCCCUCCCGUCAGGUCGUGGUUUCUCACCCGCUGACGAGCGCAGCCGCCGCACAGAUCAGAGGGACGGGCCAGGCGAUGGUCACGUCGGCCAUGACGUUGUUCCAGGACGACACAAGGUCAUUCGGCAGGUAGUCCGUCAGCUUCAGCAGUGCCGCUGACACGCUGCUGGCGAGGCCGCCCUCCCUCUCAGACACCGUGGCAGCUCCUGCUGCCGAGGCUGCUGUAGCGUUGGAUGAUGCAUUGGACUUGGCCAGACGGGGGAAGCAGUACCGAUCCACAGCUGAAUCAACACACACACACACACACAAUGCUGUGCGGGACGGACGGGCAAUCCCGCUCACUUUUCGCCAUACCUUCGCUGGUGUCCGAUUGGACAGGGACGCAAUACUGUGGCUCGUAGGGGCAGAUGUCCUCGGACAGCGCCGCCAGCUCGACGGUGACCCUGUCCUGCUCCACCACUGCCGUGCGGUUCAUGACUGCCGGCACCGAUGAGUCCCGACACGGCCGCCUUGUGCCGAUGCGGUCGACCUCAUCGCCCGUGAAGCAAGGACAUGCUGACACACACACCGGCCGGAAGUACCUGCGACCAACAUCUCAAAUCUCAUCUCGAUGCAUCAAACCACACGUGCACAGAGCCAUGACGCUCCCUCACCUUGAGAAGUGCUUAAGCUGGUCAAGGAACUGCCACCUCCCCGGUGUGUCGGCCACCUGCUGCAGGCCGGAUAAGUCAGCCGAGUCGAAGCUGUCGAAGUCAAGCGUGUAGUAGAGCAGUCGCGAGUCGCUCUUGGCCGACGAGGGGAGGCCGCAGAAGUUGCCGGCGUAGUCCCGGCCGGCGAACAGCCUGUUUGGGUUGCCGUUGGAGAAAGCGAUGUACGCCAACACGAUCACACCCGCCCAGUGCAACACUGCACACACAGACACAGACACAGACGCAGACACAAGCAGCAGGCAUCAUCGAAGGCGUGCCCAACAAGUGUGUGAUCCAUCCGUGCACGCAAAAGCAGCUUAGCUUACGGUAGAGUAUGCAGAAAGGGAUAUCGCGCACUCUCCGCGUCCUCAGCGGUCCGUGUGACACAUCGAUGUCGGUGCCCUUGCAGAACUCCCGCCCAAGGUCAUGCUUGACGCAUGGCAGUGCAGCUGCCCUUGACCGCAGGUACUCCUCGCCACUUCGGCUCCUGAUCCCUCCUGCGGGAGCCGGUGGUGGGUCCACCAUCGCGGCCACUCACAGAUUUCGAGGAGAUCUGUCAGAGGCUUUGCAUCGGCAGAAGAUCAGUCUUCCUGGGACGCCCUUCGUUUCGUGCACUCUAUGCGAGCUCAUCGGUUUUGCAGCAACGGUUUCGGUUGCCCCCUAGGCAACGUUUCUUUUCGGCGACCCGAAGACGCACUAGCGGAUCUAUCGUACACGAGGCGCUGGACGCCUUUGCGGUCGCGGGCGCCGUGCGCCGGCCCAUCGACAUUACAGCGACGAUGAGGUACAUCACGAGGCAGCAUAUAUGGCACGCUGCAUCUGGUCAAUACAUGCCCUCUGUGCUAUUAUGCAGGUCACGUUGAGAUCAUGGCAUCUUCGUCCAGUGCCAGCGGUCCGGCUGCGCCGUCACCAUCGCCAUCGCCAGC